AUGGAUAAUGGUAAUAAUAAUAAUAAUAAUAAUAACAAUGAAAAUAAUAAUGAAAAUAAAGAUUUUAUAGUGGUUGGUGGGAUGACAUUUUCAACAAAUUUUAGAAGAAAUAAACCUGCACCAGUAAUUCAAGCAAAUUUUAAUAAUAAUAAUAGUUUUAUUGGUAGCCCAACAAAUACAAAUACAACAGUAGCAUCGAUAAAUUCGCCUCAAAAUAAUAAUACCAAUAAUACCAAUAAUAAUAAUAAUAAUAAUAAUACCAAUAAUAAUAUUAAUAAUACAAAUUCUAAUAAAAAUAAUAAUAAACAACAACCACAGCAAUUUAAAAGAAGUAAAAAGAAAGAUAAAUCAAAAGAUAAAAAAAACUAUCAAGAAGCAUUGGCUAGUGGCAUGACUGUUGAACAAUUACAAAAACUUGAACAAAAAAAGAAUAAAAAUCAAUAUAAUGGAAAAAAUAAAAAGAAAUUACCCUCCUAUAAUAACAAUUUAAAUAAUGGUCAAAUAGAUGGCCCAAAUAGUAAUAGAUCACCAUAUGCACCAGUUGAUAAUAAUAAUAAUAAUAACAAUAAAAAAAAUGGCAAUGACAAUAAAAAGAAAAAGAGAAUUGAUACUAUAAAUAAUUUAGAUCCAAUACUAUAUGAUGAAAAUCAAUAUUUGACAAAAUUAGAGAAAGAAGUUGAACAAUCAAGAGAAAACGAAUUAGUUGGUUUCAUAAAUGAUAUGAGUUUUUCAGAAGAAGAAAAUAAUAAUGACGAUGAUGAUGAUGACAGUGACGAUAAUCAAGAUGAAAAUAAUAAUAAAAAUAAUAAUAGUAUUAAAGAUAUUAAAAAUAAUAAAAAUAAAAACAAUAGUAUUAGAAAUAGCAAUGAUAUUUUAAGAAAUCUUUCAUUUGAUGAUUCUGCUGAUAAAUAUUUAUUUGGUGGACAACCAAAAAAUAAAAGUAAAAAAUAUAAACAACAACAACAACAACAGCAACAGCAACAACAAAACAGAAUUAAAAAAGUAGAUUCAAAUGGUAAUACAGAAGAUGAAGAGGAGAAUAAUAAUAAUAAUAAUAAUAAUGAAAAAUUAGAUAGUGAUGAAGAAAUUGAUUUAGAUUUAGAGGCAUUAUCAUAUAAAAAAAGAUGUAGACUUCAAAGAAUUCAUUCAAAAAAUAACAAAACUAAAAAACAAUAUAAAUCAAAACAUACUGAAAAGGUUUCAUUUAUUGGUGGCUCUUAUCUUAAUGAUGUUUUUAAUGAAGAGAAUACUAAUUUAGAAAAGAGUUUUUCACCACCACUUUUACCAAAAAGAGUAUCAUUUGUUCAACCACAUCAAAAUGAAGUUAUCAUUUUGUCAUCAUCGAGUGAAGAUACUCCUCAACAAAAUUCAAAUCAAGUCGUACCAAAUAAUAAUAAUAAUAAUAAUAAUAAUAAUAAUAAUAAUAAUAAUAAUAAUAAUAAUAAUAAUAAUAAUAAUAAUAAUAAUAAAAAUAAUAAAAAUGAAAUAUCAACACUUUCUCUUCAAAAAUCUAAAAUUGAUCAAAAUAGUGAUAGCUACGAUAGUGAAGAACAAUAUGAUGAAGAUGAAGAAGAUGAAACUGAUCCUUACGAUUAUGAUAGUGAAGAAGAAGAGGAGGAGGAGAAUGAUAAUGAAACUGAUUCAGAUAAUUUCCAAGAUGACAGUGGAGAAUAUGACGAAAAUGAAGAAGAAGAAUUUGAUGAAGAUGAAGAAACUGAUACAGACUUUAAAUUGGACUUGCAAAUAUCACAUGUAAAUGAAAAUGAUGAAGAGGAUUCAUACGACUCAUUGGAAUCCUCAGCGAGUGACAAUGAUAAAAAUUGUAGUAGAUUUCAAUCGUGUUAUAUCAAUUCAGAACCAUCUGGUGAUGAAGUAUUCAUUAAUCCAUUCAAACAAAGAGAAGUCGUUGAAAUUUCAGAUGAUUGUUAUAGUGUUUCUGAUGAUAGUGAUUUUACUGAUCAAGAAGAGGUUAGAAAAAGUUCUUUCUCUGAUUGGAUUAAAAAAGUUCAUGGUCCAUCAAUAGUUUUACCAAAGAAAUUAACUACUACUACUACUACUACUACUAAUAAUAAUAAUAAUAAUAAUAAUAACAAUAAUAAUAAUAAUAAUAAUAAUAAUAAUAAUAAUAAUAAUAAUCCUUUAAUUUCUUCAAAUUUAACAUACAAUACUCCAAAUAAUAACAAUAGUAUCUCUACCAAUAAUUUAAAUAACAAUAAUAAUUUAAAUAAUGUAAUAGUUGUACCAGAUGACGAUGAUAAUAAUAAAAAUAAUAAUAAUAAUAAUAAUAAUAAUAAUAAUAACAACAAUAAUAAUAAUAAUGAUAAUAAUAAUAAUACAAAUGAAAACAAAUCAAAACCAUUAUCAAGCUCACCAGUACCAGAGAUUAUUGACUUAGAUUCAUUUGAUUCAUUUAGUAAAAGAGUUGACCAUAUAAACUCUAUUAAUAUGGCUAAUUACUUGGCAUCACCUUAUAAAAUUAGUUUAUAUCCAUAUGUUAGUGAAGCAAUUGAAUCAAGUGUAACAUUGAAAAAGGAUAUCAAUGAAUUGUUUGACAAAGGUGCCUCGAUUUCUCAACUCUCAAUUAAACAAUUAACUUCAAUUGCAACUUUAUUCGAUAAUUUAAUUUUAAGACGUUUUGAAAAUGAAUUUCCAUUAUGGCCAAUGUCAAAGUUAGCAACACACCAAGUGGAAUUUUUAUCACAACAAUAUGGAAUUUAUAGGGAAACAAAAAAGAUUAAAGAUAGACAUACAAUUUGCUUAUUGAUCCCAUCAAAUAUUAAAAAACCAUCAAUAAAGAAAAAAGAUAAUUUUAUUUUGGCUGCACAAUCUGAAUCUGGUGAAUAUACUGUUCAUGACAGUUUAUUUGGUAAUUCCAAUCUUACUCCUAAGAUGACGACGACAACAACCACUACAACUACAACAACUACUUCAACAUCACCAUCGCCAUCCCCUUCAAGUAAAGAUGGUGGUAUGAGAAGAAAAGGAAAAAAGCCAUUCACUGGAAGAUUUGGUCCGGUUGGUGGUGGUCCAAAAUAUCGUAAAAAUUCUUUCCCUCAAGCCCAAUCUAAAAAACAAAAACUAUCAACCAAAAAAGGUCAAAGACAAAAUAUUGUUGGUGGUGGUGGUAAUGGUGGUAAUAAAUCUGGUACAACAGUAAAACAUGGUGAUAUUGUUGCAGAUGGCAUUGCCGCUAUCCCAAGUACAAAUAUUGGUAGUAGCUUACUUAAGAAAAUGGGUUGGUCAGGUGGUGGUCUUGGUGUUAAUGGUCAAGGUUUAGAGGAACCAAUUAAAGCUGUAGUAAAAAAAGAAAGAUCAGGUUUGGGUUUUGCAUAA